GCAGGUUUCACUUCGCUCCGCGCAGCCUCCAGGUUCUGAUCUUGUAAGACUGCUCCGUCCUGCGUCGCCGCCGCCGCCACCACUGCCACCGGAUUCUCGAAGUCGCCCUGCGCUCCCCAGCCCCACUGCGGCCAGCAUCGCCGCGGGCUGCUCGCUUCGCCCCGCUCUCGCCGCCACCCCCCCUCGGCGCCCUUUCCCUGGCCCUCGUCCCCCCAAUGUCUGACUCUGACUCUCGGACUGAGAAACGCAAGAAAAAAAGACCAAAUGGCAAAGCAACCUUCAGAUGUAAGUUCUGAAUGUGACAGAGAAGGUGGACAAUUGCAGCCUGCUGAGAGACCUCCUCAGCUCAGGCCUGGGGCCCCUACCUCUCUACAGACCCAGCGGCAAGGUAAUCCUGAAGGCGAAGGGGACCGCUGCCCCCAAGGCAGCCCUCAGGGCCCGCUGGCCCCACCAGCCAGCCCCGGGCCUUUUGCUACCAGAUCCCCGCUUUUCAUCUUUGUGAGAAGAUCCUCCCUGCUGUCUCGAUCCUCCAGUGGGUAUUUCUCUUUUGACACAGACAGGAGCCCGGCACCCAUGAGUUGUGACAAAUCAACACAAACCCCAAGUCCUCCUUGCCAGGCCAUCAACCAUUAUCUCAGUGCAAUGGCUUCCAUGAGGCAGUCUCAGGCUGCACCUGCAGACAUGCGCCCGGAGAUCUGGAUCGCACAGGAGCUGCGGCGUAUUGGAGACGAAUUUAAUGCAUAUUACCCAAGGAGGGUCUUUUUGAAUAAUUACCAAGCAGCCGAAGCCCACCCCCAAAUGAUAAUCUUACGACUGUUACGUUACAUCGUCCGCUUGGUGUGGCGAUUGCAGUGACGACGGGUUCCUCGUGGAGCCGGAUGUGUGCAGACAUUUCGCGUGUUCACACCAGCAGGCCCAACACCGCGGUUUCCAGGUGCCGUUGCCAUACAGCCAACGGCCCCUUCCCCGAGAGGGUGUGCAGGCAGGCCGGAGGACGCGCUCCUGAGGACGCCGCGCUGCGUGUGGACCGGACCUUUCUGUUCACCACACGGCAGAAUUUCUGGUGGAAGUUUGUUGUGAAUGUAAAUGAGGGAGGAUUCUUUUUCUUAAAAAAAAAAAAAAGUAUAAAUCAUGGUUCUUUGGAGCGGGAUUUUAUGCAAGAAUGGUGUUUACACACGGUGUGGGUUUUUUUCCACCUUCUUUAAUAAGAGCAGGUUUUUCAAAAAGGAAAUGGAAACUUUUUAACCAACUCAUGAAUGAUUUUUGUACUAAAAUUUUAAGAACCUGUUGCCUACUCUCAGAGGAUUAUGUUAACUUUGCAGUGGAAACUGAGCCAGCUAAUUUAUAAAGCUGCCUUAGUUUAUUUUUAGAGAUUACUGUACAGAAUUUUCAAACUGGAGAGGUAUGAUAUGGCCCCCUCCUUUCCCUGCCAUUGCCUCUUUGACAUACUUUUUUUUUUUGCCAUUAUUAAUACCAAAAAGUUCUUAUGACAUGGAAUUGAUUAAAGGGGCUGAGGGUCUGUUACCAGCCUGUAUUGAUAUGCCACUCCCGUUUUGUAAAUAUUUACUUACCUCCUUAAAUCCAAUUGCAUCUGUGGCAAAAAAAACUUUUUAAGACUCCCUUCGUGUGUUUUUCCUUAUCUCCUCUUGUGAUGCUCUUCUGGUCUGUCUGGAUGCCGAUGCACAGAUUUGGUCCAGCGUGUGCUCCCGAUAAAAGGUAAUUGGGCCAGAACAGGAGUUACAAUCUGCCUGGAUCACACACGCUGGGAGGUGCUUGAGGUUGGUCUUCAUUGGUUUUGAUGGGCUCCUCAUAUAGAAGUGGCCUGAGGAAGGUGUCCUGUGCGGUGACAGCACAGACAGGUACUGGGCCCCCCAGCACUGCUGGCUUUUCUGGUCAGACUUUCCCAUAGUCACAGGUGCACGGUCCACACCACAGGUGGCGAGCAUGGCUCCUUCCAGCUGAGUUCCCUGGACUGCGGGUGUCUGAGCUCCAGCCCUCGUGGGAAUUGGCGCAGGCCUUGGGGCUUGAGGCGGCUGUUUCCUGGGAAUCCAGGCUUUUCGUCCAGCUCCCAGGUUCAUGUGGCCUUUGAUGCCUGACGCUUGGUUCCCACCCCACAUUUUGAAAUAAAGGCUUAAUUCCACGUCAGCAGUGCCAUCAAAAUACCCCAUGGGGGCACAGAUCUCAAGCGGGCUUUCAGCCUCUGACCAAUGUCUAUUUGACUUGCUCCAUUUCUCUUGGGACGGUUGGGUUUUGUGGGACCACCCUGUGUGCACCCACCUCUACUGGGGGUGCUUUUUUUUUCUCCACACCUUCCUGGGGCGGUCAUGGUGAAGGGAGAGCCCAUGAGUCAGUCCUUCAUUUCAAAGGCCAUUAACUGGGGAGACCCAAGAAAAAGAUCAGGAAGCAGUAAAAGAAGGGAGGUGGCCUUCAUUUUGUGAACCCUGUAAAACUCUUACCGUGUUUGAAACCUCAGACCAUUAAACAGUUUUUUAAAAGUAAUAACGUCAAACCAAGUCAGCAGCUCCAACAACUCUUGUUUUCUGUUGGCCCCUAAGAGGACCAGUGUUUUCACAUUAUUAAAUUAAGUGGGGAAAUCCAUUCAUUUGUGUCUUCAUAAUUCUAUAUAAAUAUAUAUAUAUGUAUCUAUAGCAUAUACAUUUUUUCUUUAGGUAGAGAUAUUUGAUUCCAGAUAUUCUUCCUUUUUUAGAAUUUUCUUUUCCCCAAAAAAUCUUCUUGGGGCCUUGAAUAUUUUUUUAAAGCUGUGUUGAGUGUCAGCUUGUGUUUUUGAUGUGUCUUGAACCCCUUCGUAGGGUCAUGAAGUCCACACGGUUGUAAGGCGGUGGUGGACCUGUUGGACACACACACACCAAAGACGUAUUUGGUUCUGGGCACCUCGCCCCGACCCAGGACCUCCGUACUCAGUGCCAGUCUCUCUGACUGGAGCACUUUAGUCUGUUUCUGCAAUACCGGGGGCCGGGGGGCUGUGUGCUGGCCACACGUGCAGGUUUACCUCUGGCAUGGAGGCCUCCUGGCCUCCAGGCCGGCCGUGGAAGCAGCUUGUGAGGAGAUAGAGAUUCUAUGAAUUGUAGUAUUAAGAAGCAGGAUGUCACACCAGGACUCGGGAGAGACGACUGCACGUCUCUGUACUGUACGCGUCUGUUUAUCAAGAUGCCUCCCUCCGGAAGGUAUGCCUACUGUGGGAGACCUUGUACUCUUUACAUUUUAUUUCUCUUACUUUUCGUAGAAAAAAAGAAAAAAAAUGGCUAGAUCCCUUUUGGAAACUGAAUGCGGGUUUUGUGCCUUGACCACCUCUUCUCACAUGAGGUUUGUAGAACGUGUCCUGUGAUUUAUCACAGAAAUGCAAUAAACACAUACAAAAUACUUUCCUGAGUAAUUCUUCCAGUUAGCUGUGCUCCUGCCUAGAAAGGAGUUUACGAGUGUACACCGUAGAGAACAACUUUCUCCUGUUUUCCCCAUCUUGAUAUUGUAUAUAUUUUGACUAUUUAUUAGAUUAGGAGGUCACAUUUUUACUUAACCAACUGAGCCAAAUGUCUGUGUGCAAUUGUGUUUCCUUUACCUUUCUUGUAAAAUUUUGUACAGCAUAAAUGAGUAAGAAUCACUGUUUUUACUAAACUUUUUCAGAAUUGAGGAUUGUAAAUACUGUAGAUUCUUUUCCCGUGUCAUGUGUCCUACUGUUUCAUAAUGCUGUAACUUGUAGAAAUAUUGUAUAUUUAUUUCCUGCUUAUUUAAUGUCUUAAGUUUUGAAAAGUGUUGACCUCCCUGCCCCACCCCCCACCCCCUGCUGUUCUGACUAGUGACUGCUCGGCUCCCUGGGCCACGGGGUCUUCCCAGGCUGGCCCUCCAGCUUUGGUUCCUGUCAUUUCUGGUCGCUUGGAUUUCAAUUCUCGGGGCUUGCUCUCCUUAUGAUGACGUUUGUGUUUGGCCACCAAUGAGAGACCACUUGGCAGGCUACCAAAUUCUACAAGCAAUACCAGUGACUUUUGAUUUCUUCCAAAAGAGCUCGCUUCUCAUGGAAACAAAUUCUAUUAACACCAGGCCAUCACUCUCUCUCUCUCUCUCUUUUUUUGAUGUAUUAUUUUAGGAGUUGGAACAGAUUUUUCCAUUGAAAACUUAUCCCUGGCAAUUCAGUAUUCGGAGAAAUAGAAACGCACCUGCUCUGGAGGUGCUGCCAUGGAGUGGUCCAGGGCAGGAGGGAGGGACAGGUGAGACAGGUGGCUCCUGCCCCGGGAGUGACUUCUGAGCCACCUCGUGCCACAAAUCCCUUUUUGGCAACUGGUGAGUAGUUGGAUUCUCCCCCACACGCUGUGUCCUGCGCUUUGAGGUGUGGACUGAAUGGUCUCCAAGAACCAAGUACAGACUCCGCCCCUCUCCCCAGCCCUGAGCCGUUCGGUCCCUACAUUAGAUCAGCCUGCUGCUUCAGGCUGCUUUCCUUUUGCUUCUCUGUUGCCUUGGAGAGAGGUUGAGGGGCCCACUAGACUGGACGUGAAGAUGCGGAAGCUCGCGGAAGCUUUAGAGAGACCCUCCUCGUGGUCCCCUGUCCAGAUAGUUCUGUCGUCCCUGCUGGUUUAGCCUGGUGCCUGUGUGUGCCCACUCUGCACACGUGUGUGCAGGGAUGUGUCCACACGUGACGCUAAACCAGCUGAGGUGACUUCCUGGUCUCCAAAUGGCAUUGUAUUCGAGAAGCAUUCCUCAAGCUUCCAGCUAGGUAACUUGACUACUUUGAUUCGGAAAUCAGACUUUAGAAACUCUCCUAAGUUGUAUGUCCAGAUUCUGUGACCACUAGUUACUGUAUCGGAACUCAUCAGGUACACAUUUAUAAAUAGCACUGAUCUGUCUGUAUACUGACCCAUCACUAACUUGUUUCCUAGGACCCAGCGUAUGUAGCAUUUGUAUUGCAAUUUCCCUGGCUUACUUGUGUUUUGCACUGAUGAAUUUUGACAGGGUAAUUGCCACUUUACUUGUGCAAUACUGCUGUACAUAACUGCAGAUUUUUUUUUUAAGAAACUUAAUCUUUUAUGUUCUUAAUGAAGUUUAUACAAAUAAAACUUUCAACUAGU